AUGACUUAAGUGACGUUUAAUGACACGUCUCCGCUAUCGAGCUCGUGUUGCGUGUAGUGAUUUUCAUUUUCUUCACAAAUGAUUUAAUAUAAUAACGAUGGGAGGCCAGAAAUUCGAAUAUGAUGAGAGUGGAUCAACAUUCUUUUAUUUUGUGUUAUCAUUCCUCGCUUUAAUAUUAGUGCCCGCAACGUUCUACUAUUGGCCGAGGAAAAGAAAAGAAGAUCCAGCAAAACAAGCAGAAAGAUGUCAAUGUCCAAAUUGUAUAAAGAAACAGUCAAUAAUAGAACAAUCACAGCCUUACAAAUCUUUAAAGAACUUCCUAAUUAAACUCGCAAUAAUAUCAGGAUGGGUAUUACUCGCAUUUUUAGCUUAUAAGGUGUCACAGUUUGACUAUGAAAUGUCUAAUUUUGAUCCAUAUGAAAUACUGGGUUUGCCGCCUGGAGCAACUCAGGCUGAAAUCAAGAAGUCUUAUCGUAAGCAAUCUUUGAUACUCCAUCCGGAUAAAGAGACUGGUGAUGAGAAAGCUUUCAUGAAGCUUACUAAAGCUUAUCAGGCUCUAACAGAUGACGAGGCGCGACGGAACUGGGAGAAGUAUGGCAACCCAGACGGCCCCGGAGCCAUGAGUUUUGGCAUAGCCUUGCCCAGUUGGAUUGUAGAGAAGGAGAACAGCGUUUGGGUCCUGGGGCUCUAUGCACUGGUGUUUAUGGUUGCUUUACCCACUGUUGUCGGUACCUGGUGGUACCGCUCCAUCCGCUUCUCCGGCGAGCAAGUCCUGCUCGACACCACACAGAUGUACUUCUACUUCUGCCACAAAACCCCCUCUAUGCCCCUGAAGAGGGCGCUGAUGAUCCUCGCGGCAUCCUGCGAGUUUGACAGGAGACACAACUCGGAGAUUAUAGAGAGAAUCACUGACAAUGAGGAAGUGCCUAUGCUUCUCCGUGAGCUCCCAAACCUAGGGGAAAAGAACAAGGAGCAACCUCUCUGCCGCCCCUACAGCAUCAAAGCCAGAGCCUUGCUCCAUGCCCAUCUGUCCCGUCUCCGUCUCCCGAGCGAAGCCCUGGACGCCGACAGACGAUAUAUCGUGGGUCGCUGCCCUGAUCUGAUUGUGGAGAUGGUCAACUGUGUCAAUCAGCUCAUAGCGCUUGCUUACGCCAGGAGAAUACCCCGCCUACCGACUAUAGAAACAAUCGAAAAUUGCAUGAAGCUCUCGCCCAUGAUAGUCCAAGGCCUAUGGGAAUACAAAUCCCCCCUCCUGCAACUGCCAUACAUCACCGAAGACCAUCUGAAGCACUUCACGAGCCGCAAGAAACACAUCAAGUCGCUGUUACAAUUGGCACAGCUGCCCGGGGACGAGCGGCGGCAAGUUAUGAGGUUUCUGAAUGACAAGCAGUAUGAUGACGUCGUCAAAGUGUUGGGGAAUAUGCCCUAUAUACACUUCCAGGUUAAUACUGAAGUAAUCGACGACGAAAACUCGACGGUCGUGACGGCGGGCGCCAUCGUCACCGUCACGGUGUUCCUGAGGCGAACCAACAUGAAGGAGUUGUUCGGCGACUCCAGCAUCAAGGAGAAGAAUAUCGAGGACGAUGAGGAAGGCAAUGGUGAUGCGAAAAAGGGAGAGAACGACAAAACCGAAGAAAAUGACAAGGACAAAAAGGAGGUUUCGAAGAGGCCCGUGUGGAUGAAACAGCAGACCAAGCGAGCUCCAGCAAAGAGGGGCAAGAAGCCAGCGCCGGCCAAGCAGCCAGCCAAGCCUGCACCCGAACCAGUGCCAGAAGUCAAGGAGAACAAGGAACAGAAAGAACAGAAGGAGAAGGAACCUAAGAAGAAGGAACCAAAGAAGAAAGACGACGAAGAAGAAGAUUCGUCAGACGAAUCAAGCGCCGAAGACUCAGAGUCUCACGACUCAGCGUCCGAGGAGUCCCGCAAGUCGUCAGGAGAAGACGACGACCAAUGGGACAAAUUCCAAAAGCGGCUUCACAAGCGGGAGCGGUUAGAGGGCCGCUCGCGCUCGUCGCACCCUGUGCACUGCCCUUACUACCCCCAGGACAAGCAAGAGUACUGGUGGUGCUACAUCUGCGACCGCAAGUCGCACACGCUGCUCACGGCCCCGGCGCACGUGACGGCCCUGCUGCACGAGACGGAGCUGCAGCUGCGCUUCACGGCCCCGCGCUGGCCGCAACUUUAUACGCUUAGUGCUUGUUUACGCUCAGAUUCCUACAUCGGCAUGGACCAGCAACUGGACCUGAAGCUGGACGUGAAGGAGGCAGCCGCCGUCCCGCACGAGCACCCGCAGUGGGACCUGUCCGACACCGACUCCGACAACCAGGACCAGGGUGGAAACGAGAGCGAGUUCACAACAGACGACGAGGUGGAGGAGGAGUAGCGGUACUAAGUUAUUUUUAUAGAGUUUAUUAUGACUGUAGCUGUACGUGGGAGUGAAUGGAAUAAAUAAUGUUUUUAUGACAAAGGCUACUUUUUUGUCACAUUACUUUACCCUUUGUUUAUAGUUAAAGUGAUGUUUAGGGUAUUUUGGCGGGCGGAAUGUUCAGUUUUGUCUUUAUACUCCGACUCUGACAAUAGAAACCUGAGGCCCUACCGCGUAAAACGUAAUACGAAAUUUCCUUAUCUGCCUCUCUAUCGCUCGGAUAUGCAAGAGCGAUAGAGAAGCAGAUAACAAACUUCGAUUAUCAUUUUUCGCGGUUGGCCCUCAGAGACUGGCACGCCUAUUUAAAAUUAAAACACACGGGUAUUUUGGUGGGCGGAGUGUUAUAAAGGUGUAGCUCUCAACGCAGAUGGCGCUGCAUUCGCUAAGGUUUCAUAGAUAGAUACUGUUAGCGCGUUGAGCUUUACCCUAAGUCAUAGAAAAAACAUUUUUUUACUUUUUAUCUUUUGCUUUCUGUGAAUGGAAUAAAUAAUGUUUUAUGACAAACACUAGACUCAGACGAAGUUAAGUCUGCAACGAUUUUGAUAGCCCAGCCUGUGGAAGUAUUAAGUAAACGUCGUAAUUUCAUAGAAAUUUGACGUUUAACCUUUUGAACGCCACGCCUAUCGCACGCUAACCGUGAACCUUGUCGGUACGCAUGAAGGUUUAUAUUGGGCUGUAGCCGCGCGCGACAUAUGACGUCUUUGGCGUUCAAAAGGUUAAAAUAACACAUGCACUGUCUGGGCUGUCAAAAUUGCUGCCAACUUGUCUUGGUCUGACUACUUUCGUUUCACUUUUGUCUAACAACGAGAGCGAGUUGACGACAGAGUACAAAAUGCUAAAUUAUUUUUAUAGAGUUUAUUAGGACAUUUAUGACUGUAGCUGUAAAUGGGUGUGAAUGGAAUAAAUUAUAUUUUUAUCACA